AUGGCUCCUCCUACCGGCCCGAGAAAAGGCUCUGCCCCCUCCGGCGCGCGCAACCCCCGAAACUCUGCGACAAACGGUGGAAAGGCCACUACUCGAAGCGGUGUCGCGAAGCGCCGAGGCGCAGGUGCAGUGAGAACCGAUCGAGAUGGCGACCUGGAUAUGGACGGUCCUACUGGAACGAACGGCUCGUCUCGCGGUGGCAGGCGUGGCAACAACCACUCUGCCCAAUCUGGACAGGCAUCCCGCCCGCCUCCUCGAUCAGCUGCGACAUCUUCCCGGGGCCCGCGGCCCACCGCGAAGGCGCAACAAAUCAUCCAACGAGCCCUCAACGGCGGCCCCGGUGGCAUGUCUUCCCGCAUCACGUCCGCACGGGAUCGUCGUGCUCCUGCUACCAUGACGCUGGUAGUAGAGGGGUUGAUGUCGAGCAAGGCUGCCAGCAACGAAGGAGGUGGACUCAAGGAACUGCUGACCUUCCUGGAACGAAAAGCGCAAACCGUUGGACAGACCGCUCGGCACAUCAGAAUAAAGAAGUCACAUAUAAAGGGUGACUUCGUUUACAUCACGUCAACCAAGGAAGAUGCGGAGGAGAUACUCAAGGUUAACGGCUUUGCGUUUGCCGGAACAACGCUCCGCAUCUCACAGUCUGCGGACACAACCCCCGUCGGUGGUUCUGAUGCGCUAUCCUCGACGCUGUCCUCGAACGCUCUCGAGAUCAAACAACACCUACGAGGCGUCCUUAGCAUGCGUUACGAUGUCAACGCAAAGCUGCUGAACCUCUCUGCCCUCGGCGAAGAUCCAGCUCUCGCUCAGAGGGGGUUUUUCAAUGGAGAAAGCACGCCCGAGAAGUUGUUUCGUACGUUGAUGGCCAUUUGCGAGCAACUGUUCAAGACGCCUCAAGCGAAACGCGAUGCGGUCGUCAGUAUCAGUCUUUCCGGCAACAACGUCGACGACGUGCUUCAGAUCAUGUCUCUGACCGACACCUUCCCCGACUUGGUCAACCUGGACCUCAGCCAGAAUCAGUUCAAGGAUAUUAAGGGUCUCCAAAAGUGGCGCCAUCGCCUCCGCAACUGCCAGACUCUCCUUCUCAACGACAACCCCAUCGAAGUUAUGGAUCCUAGCUACAAAGAAGAACUGACGUCUUGGUUUCCGAAGCUUCUGAAUCUCAGCGGCGUUCAGGUUAGAACAGCUGAACAGGUAGCCGCAGAAGAAGCUGCAACCAGGCCCACUCCGAUCCCGCAGAGCGGUGCUGACUUCCGGGAUAUCAACGGAGUCGGCGAAAACUUCAUCACGGAGUUUAUUCAAAUGUACGACGCAGGUCGGAACAGUUUGGCAGCCAAAUACUAUGACGACCAAAGCACGUUCUCCAUUGCCGUCAACUCCCGCUCUCCACACGCACCUGAUCUUCAUCCACCAACAUGGGGUGCCUAUAUCAAGUUCUCGCGGAACCACACCAAGAUCACACAUACAUCAGCUCGACAGCAGCGCUUGUUCACUGGCACUCAUUUGAUCCAGGGUGUGUGGCAGCAGCUUCCUCCCACCCGACACCCGGAUCUGCCAACUCAGUUAGACAAGUACAUCAUCGACUGUCAUCCUGUUCAUGGGCUUGCGGAUCCGACAGGUCAGAAUCCGAUCGGGGUUGACGGGAUCAUCAUCACCAUCCAUGGCGAGUUUGAGGAUCAAGAGCCCGAUACUAUGAAGACGGCUAAGCGAAGCUUCUCACGUACCUUCGUUCUUGGUCCCGGUGUACCUGGACGGAACCCCAUCCGUGUCAUCAGCGAUCUGCUCUCCCUCAAGGUAUACAACCUUCUACCGGCAUCAGUAUCUGCACCAGCUUCGCAGCCUAGUGAGGAAGUACAGAAGCAGCAGAUGAUCAUAGAACUGUGCAAGCAGACGAGCAUGAACGCCGAAUACUCGCGGCUGUGCCUAGAUGUUGCCAACUGGAACUUCGAUCAGGCUCUGGUCACAUUCAACGAGAAACGAGCUCAGCUACCCGCUGAAGCAUUCGCGACAGCCCCAUAA